AUGCAAACAUGUCAGAGGAGACGCAGAGGAGGGGAGGAAAAGGAGCAGAGAAGGGAAGGAGGUGAGGAGGAGCAGAGGAGGGAAGGAGAAGGAGGAGAGGAGGAUGAGCAGAGAGGCAGGAAACCAGUGUUGAGGUUAGCGCCCCCUGGAGGAUGCAGCCGGGACGUCGCCCUGAGAACCAAACAUUUAAUCAAGGACCAUUGGACGCCAGCGUUGUCCACCUGCACCACAUCAAUGCCAUUCAACAACAUCAACAGGAUCAACGGCGACAACACCAACCCACCCUCCCAUGGGACCACUUGUUCUCUCCAUCUCCCCUCGCUCACACUCAUUCCCAUGUGUCGCCUCUGGAUGCUUCCCUUUGUGUUUCCCUGCUCAUGUGGAGCGUCGGUGAAACUAUCAGUGCUGCUAUCUGCUAACUUUAGCACCUGUGCUAAAUUGAAGGCAGUGGUGUGGAAGAAGCGGCUUCUCCUCAUUCCCUGUGUAUCUGCUCCCAUCGCCCUCAUUCAGGCCUCGUCUGCAGCUUCAGGCUCUGAAAGAGCUUUCUGA